UUACAAAAUCCAUAGCCGUCGGUCUGACACUCUGGCUAGUGUCGCAUUCGAUAUACAGUAACAACUCCUUGUUAACGGACUAUAACAGCGUAAAGGCACCAAAUCGCGUGUGAUUCCGUCUGAGCGUGCAGUUUACGUAGUAGCUUAUCAAGGAUAACCCCAAAACAAAAUGUUUCGCUUCCUCGCAUUAACCACACUCGUGACCCUGGCAGUGGGCCAGAACUAUCACCAGGAUCCCAAGACGGCGGCCAUCAUCAGUGAGCAGCGCUAUUUGUCUGGCGAUGGUAAAUUCGGUGCCGCCUACACACAGGAGGAUGGCAUCAACUUCAAAGAGGAGACAGACUCCGAUGGCACACGUCACGGUAGCUACAGCUACGUUGAUCCUUCCGGACAGCGUCGCACCAUCUCCUACACUGCGGGCAAGAAUGGAUUCCAAGCGUCUGGGGAUCAUUUGCCAGUGGCCCCACCUGCACCACCACAGCCCGUGCCCACCGCCGGCUAUCAGCCACAGUCACAGUACCAGCCACAGCCGUACCAGGCCCCCGCAGCCCAGCCCUCGUACCGUAGCAACGACUACGAUGACGGCUCGUACGAUCCUCGCUACAACGAUCCCGCCUUCGGCCAGCAGCAGCAGUCGUAUCAGCAGCCCGCUCCUCAGCCGCAGUACCAGCAGCCACAGCCACAGCCCUACUAUACGACGACCACGCCCAAUCCCCACCGUUUCUCGCCGCCCGGCAAGCUGUCGCUGAACCGCACACCCGACGGUUUCACCUACUCGUUCAACAAGGUCUAAGCGAUGGAGAGAGAACCACAUAGAUUGAGCUUGUUUCUAUUGUAAUGUUACGUAAUCCUUCAUUUAUUCACACCCAACACGAAACACUCUUCUCUCACUCUGUCCCCUCUCUUUCUCUAUCUCUGUAACUGGCUGACUCUAGCUCUUUCUUUUCUUAAACUCUGUCAACCACUUACUGCUGUUCCAGUUCUUACCUUCAUCAAAACUCUUUUGUGAUAUGUUUAAGAAAGAAAGUAGAAGUGUUGCAUAAAUUCUGCAGCAGUUUAACCUUUACCUAUAUAUAGAUAUAUAUAUUUAUAUAUGAAUGUCGUACCUCCUAUCUACGAAUCUGUAUGUAGUAUGUCUAGCAGUUUUUGUUUGUAAUUUAUAAAUAACUACUUCUCAAUGCUGUUAAAUCCAACUCCACUCUCCUCAUGUGAAGCGAAACCAAUAAAUUUGUAAGUGUGUUUGCGGUCAAAGAUGAUGAAGAAGAAGACAUUGAUCAAAUGAA